GAAGAAGAUGUUUAUUUUACCAUUUGACAGACAAGAAGCCAAUUUCGUUUCGAAAUGGCUUCUAUGGCAAAUGAUAUAAAUAAAAGUGAUAACAUUGCGCCAAAAGAAAUUGAAUUCAAUGAAUAUUACACAGAGGUAAAAGAAAUUGAGAAAAGAGAUUCCGUCCUAACACCAAAACAACAAAUAGAACGUUUAUUGCGUCCGGGUUCAACAUAUUUUAAUUUAAAUCCAUUCGAAGUUUUACAAAUCGAUCCUGAUACACCUAUCGAUGAAAUUAAAAAGAAAUAUCGUCGUUUUUCAAUUUUAGUUCAUCCAGACAAAAAUCAAGACGACGCAGAACGAGCACAACAAGCAUUUGAAAUCAUUAACAAAGCAUGGAAAAUUUUAGAAUGUGAUGAUACAAGACGAAAAUGUCUUGACGUUAUUGACGAAGCGAAAGGGCGCACAGAUUUAAUGAUUGCAGAAAAACGGAAAAAAUUAAAAAAAGAAGGCAAAAAUCCAGUAAUACCUGAAGAUGAUCCGGAAAAAUAUAAACAUGCUGUAUAUGUGUUAACCAUGAAAUUAUUCGCAGAUAUGGAGCGAAAACGUCGUGAAUUACAAAUUAGAGAUCAAGAAGAGCGAAAACGAAAACGGGAAGCAGAAAUUGAAGAAGAGGAACAAAGGAAUUUAGAAAAAGAAUGGCAGAAAAAUUUUGAGGAAUCACGACAAAAUCGUGUAAAUAGCUGGCAGAAUUUCCAAGCAGGAUCAUCAAAAUCAAAAAAAGAUAAAACCACUAAAAAAUUAAAAACGUUUAAACCGCCAAAAUUGAAACCGGAAUCAAGAUAAUGUAAUUAAUUCUACAAAUUUCACAAAUUUUUCUGUAAAAUGAAAAAAAGCUCCUCUCACUCCUUUGAAUUGUUGUGUGUGAAAUUAAAGCUUUUAGAUUAUGUAUAAAAAAUAUUUUAACGAUAUAUUUUCUGUAAAAUGUUUAUUAACCACAACCAAAAAUUAAAAUUUGAAAAAAUGAAUCAAGUGUUCAACGGAUCUAAUUGACAUAGAUAGAAGUUUCUUUUACAAUGGGGCUAACAGGUUGAGACACCCUGCAAAAUUUUUGAAACAGCUUGGUGAUUUCAUGGAAUACAAUUUCCUGGCGCCAGUUUUUUAAUUUCAUUUUGAGUCGUAUGGUUUAGAUAUUUCUACAAUUGUAGGGCCUUUACCUAUCAAUAUAGACGGUUUUGUUUCCCAACUCUGUAAUUAAUUUUGGUGUUAAUGGUGUAUCAUCACAUAUCAAAUCUACCAGAGAAUGUUGAACAAAGUCAAUA